UGCAAUCCUGAAGUUUACCCCUAAGUAAUGCGUGAAAAAGUUCGAAUGGAAUUUCUGGCGGAUGGUUUGGAACAGCGGGGACUCGCGGUCGGUUGACACCGGCGAUAACCCAUAUAACAGUACAGCCGGCGACGAUGUCGCUCACACCCGACAAGGCUGCAGACGUCAGACGAGCCAUGGACACUCGCCGGGUGCGCACCCGACAACUCGAGUCCUGUGAGACUGUCGUCAGCUGCACACACUUCUCACUGGUCCUCUGGAGGUAGACCACCAUGGCUACAGCAACCUCCUCCCACAGGUAAAACAAAGGGCUUUCUUCUGAUAAUACAGUCAAAGGACACAGUUUUAUCAGCGCCACCUAUAUUAGCCACUGCACAGUAACCAUGGCAACUCGAAGCAACAGGACGCAGUACUCGUCGACGAAGAUCAACCGCGCGGAGUUCGACGACGGUUUGCUGCGCAACAACCUCCGCCAUGAUAACCGCCUGGUGCACGAGCUGCAGGCCGUGGAGAAGGCGCAGCGCAUCAUUGCCAAGACCCUCGACCACGAGAAGCAGUGGUACCGACAAAAGCUCGCCUCCUCAUCCUCCUCUACCGCAGCGUCCCUCCCGCGCAGAAAAAAGACGACCCCUGACCUCCGGACCUCAUUGUAUGUGGACGCUAGGAGUGCCGAAGGAGGGCGAGUCACCGAGAGUGUUAAACUCAUUCCAGACUUUGUCUACCAGGGUGGGAGGCAGAGAUGGUCCACGGGUUCUGGACCACCAGCUUCUGGUGAGGUGCCCGAGGGGGGAAAUCGGGGAGAUCUUGGUGGCGCAGAGGUACACGUCAGCAGUGAGGAUACGGCUAGGGACAAGAAGGCCGGGUCACGACCUUUGCUCCCUGAUGCAGGAGAGCAGAAGCUACGACAAGGUUCAAGCAAACGCGACGAGAAGAAAUUUUCAGAGGGAGGAAAGCCAGCCCCUGACCGACGAUCGGCAGGCACUCGUCUGACGGACAGUCCAGAGGCAGAGGCUGGGUUCUCCAGACACUCCCCAAACACAACUCAUGAGAGGUCACGGUCAAAGGUGGAAACUAAACGUUUGAAACAGAAAGCAGCCCAGAGUCAACCUUCGGUACACACGGAGGACCACUCUCCUCCCAAGCUCUCUAGCGACCUUCCCGUGCAGCCGAGAUUACCCCCAGGCCCACCUGACGGCAGUCUUGUUGCAGACGUCAACUGGGACGGCCGGCAGCGAUACACUAACGUGUGGGACACCCUAAGCACCCCCAGACACGUGGCGACCUCCAGGUCCGUGAGAAACAGACUGCAUCGGGAGUUCUCCAGCCUCAGUGACCGCUCCACUAAGGGUGGCUCAAAGUAACCGUACACGUGGACACCACGAACCCACUGGACAGCACUAACCCACUGGGCCCUGCGACCCUUGGUCACUUCACAUUAACACAGCAUGUAGCAGUUGUAUCUCGGGAUAACAGGCAGAAUGAGGAUGCACAAACAAACAUGUCCUGUGCUGCUGCUGGACUGGAGACAUUAUGACAUGAUUGCUGAUGGUGGACGCUUGUACACCUUCUGAACGAUCCAUUUCUACUUUAUGGGAUAUUUGAUAUCCUUGACACGUACAAACUCAUCGAAAUUGAUUUUGAACACUGACCUAUGACAGAAAGUUCAGCACCUGAAAGAUUUAAAACUCGACUUUUCAAUCAUGUAGAGAGACUGUGCUAAACCCCAGAGAAGAGAUCUGAUGUCAUGAAGAAAAUACUGGACUAUACAGUGAGGAGAUGUCACAAAUGAUCAAAAUGUUGUCCAUCCUCAGCCAGUCUAACAGUUAGCCUGACCAGCACGACUUGACACUAUUCAACCAGUUUUGCUCUCGGUCCUCAUUAUGUUCCUCUCAGAUCCGCUGUUUCAGGCCCCCCGACUGGUGUGUACAAUGACAAUGUCUCUUUUGCUCCUGAUGAACCUACCUGGGAACUAUUACAUCUAACAUUUAGUUUGAGAUUGGUUAGCUGCCACUCCAUUCCGCUGAAGUCGAGAAGACUGAGGUUAGUUAUUUAUGUUUAAGCCUGAUGUAUCCUCGUUCAUUCAAUCCCCACCUGUCCUGCCAGUGCGGACUUGUUUACACCUGGAAGAACUUUCCUACAAAACACGUUGAUUACGUAGGACUCCUUAGAAGUUAAGGGGAUGCUGACCCGAUGAGCGAGAUGGUGCAUGGUGAAGAACGAUCCGUGAAAUAAACAAACACCUGGUGAAGAUGACAACAGUCCACGUACACCUGCCAGGUGUAAUUAGUGAAUGGUUGUGAAUACACCUGACGGACGCCCUCAGCCACUGACACUGAGAACAUAAUUAACUCUCCCUGACACCUGGAGAAAGCUGUUUACCUGCUCUGAAUGCCUUGUAUUCGAUCAGACAUUCUUUCGUGUACUCCACUGUUAAGCUGCCACUUGUUUGUUUGUUUAUUUGUCGCUACGUCGUUUAGAACUCAGACGUAGGUCUACCCAAAGAUUUCAGCUCUGUCCUCACUAGGGACCGUGUGACACACAGAGUGGUCUUCAAGUGUGACAGAAAAAUGUAACAGUGAGAGGUACGAUGAAGGAGUCUUAACUAAAGUACACAAAUGUCUGCUUAUAUCACUGUUUGCGAUAAAUAAACUAUUGAUUAUUAAGCAUCUCAUACAGCUAAGGAAACCCAACUUUUGGUUUAGUUUCACUGUGAGAUACUCACCAACAGUUUAUGUUUGUAUCUCACUGUCUGACUUGCCAACACCUGGUUUAAUAGCAAAGCGACGACAAUCUAUUCGUGUGAUUAAUCAAUUGUAUAAAUCUCUUUGUAGAAAGAAAAUUGUCAUCUUCCUAAAAGACUUGUUUAUGUUUGUAACUAGUGUAAAUAUGUAGCAAGUCAGUUUUUAUUAAUUCUAAUUUGUCAAUUACAAAAUUAUUCG